UCGGGCCGGAAGUGAGGAAGGUGGGGCAUGUCUUAAUUAGCAGAAAUGAGUAGGCUCUGAGGGAGUAAGAAAGGGGAAGAGUGUCUUUGUGACACUGCUAGCGUCGUUGAGGGGAUGGGAGUGUGAAGAGGCUAAGGGACCCAUAUCGCUGCGACACCGCUGGCACUCUGAGGGACGCGAGUCGGUGUGGCACCGGUGCACGCUGAAGGAGCGGGUGGAAUUGGGUGACCAUGGGGAUGUGGGCAUCGGUGGACACUAUGUGGAACUUCCCUGUGGAGAAGCGAAUCUUCGGGGCGGUAUUACUCUUUUCCUGGACCGUGUAUCUGUGGGAGACCUUUCUAGCACAGCGGCAGAGAAGGAUAUACAGAACAACAACUCAUGUACCACCAGAGCUAGCGCAGAUCAUGGACUCGGACACGUUUGAGAAGUCUCGACUGUAUCAACUGGAUAAAAGUACCUUCAGCUUCUGGUCCGGACUCUAUUCAGUGGUGGAAAGCACUCUUAUUCUUCUCUUUGGAGGAAUCCCUUACCUUUGGAGGCUUUCUGGGCGGGUCUGUGGAUCUGCUGGCUUCGGCCCAGAAUAUGAGAUCAUUCAGUCUUUAGUGUUCCUUCUGUUGGCCACACUCUACAGUGCACUGACUGGCUUGCCAUGGAGUCUCUAUAAUACUUUUGUGAUAGAAGAAAAACAUGGCUUCAAUCACCAGACUUUGGAGUUUUUUCUGAAAGACACAAUCAAAAAAUUUACUGUGACUCAGUGUAUUUUAUUGCCUGUGUCGUCCCUUCUGCUUUACAUUAUUAAAAUUGGAGGUGAUUACUUUUUUAUUUAUGCCUGGCUGUUCACAUUAAUUGUUUCUCUGGUUCUGGUCACAAUUUAUGCAGAUUACAUUGCCCCUUUGUUUGACAAAUUCACACCUCUUCCUGAGGGACAGUUAAAACAAGAGAUCGAAGUGAUGGCAAAAAGUAUUGACUUCCCUCUGACGAAGGUGUAUGUUGUUGAAGGGUCUAAGCGCUCUUCCCACAGCAAUGCUUACUUUUAUGGCUUCUUCAAGAACAAGAGAAUAGUUUUGUUUGACACUCUACUAGAAGAAUACUCUGUACAAAACAAAGACAAGCAGGAGGAGCCUGGCACGGAGCCCCGCAAUGAAGGCGAAGGGGACAGUGAAGAAAUAAGAGCUAAAGUGAAAAAUAAGAAACAAGGAUGUAAAAAUGAGGAGGUGUUGGCUGUACUUGGCCAUGAACUGGGACACUGGAAGUUGGCACACACAAUAAAAAAUAUCAUCAUUAGUCAGAUAAAUUCUUUCCUGUGUUUCUUCUUGUUUGCUGUGUUAAUUGGUCAAAAGAUACUUUUUGCUGCCUUUGGUUUUUAUGACAGCCAACCUACUCUGAUUGGACUCUUGAUCAUCUUUCAGUUUAUUUUCUCACCUUACAAUGAGGUUCUGUCUUUCUGCCUAACAGUCCUGAGCCGCAGAUUUGAGUUUCAGGCCGAUGCUUUUGCCAAGAAACUUGGAAUGGCUAAAGACUUAUAUUCUGCUUUGAUCAAGCUGAACAAAGAUAACCUGGGGUUCCCCGUUUCUGACUGGCUGUUUUCAAUGUGGCACUACUCGCACCCCCCACUGCUAGAGAGGCUUCAGGCUUUGAAAGACAAAAAACAAGACUGAGCCACUCAGCGACUGGACACACUUCCAAUUAUUUCUGUCUUGGCAGCAUGUUCCAGCUCUUGAUGUUUUUAAUUUUUUAAGAAAAAUGAUUAAGUACAUAAAAGUCCAGAUUUAAAUACAUUUACAAUCUCAUUUCAAAAAUGAUUUUAAUAAUCCAUUUCUUAAAACACUGGAUAAUAAAUUGAGGUUUAAUAUUUUUAAAGCAUAGUCUUAUCUAACAUCUGGUGUAGCACCAAUUUGUACAAUUAUUUAAGGCAGUGCACAACUCGUUUAUUUCCUCACUAUGUGAAUCUGCAUAGAGGGUUUUCGGGUUAUGUGUUUAAAGGGGGACGCUACCUCCAGGUACUUUCUGCGAGACAGAAAUUGUGGUCCCAAAUCAUUGUGCUUGUACCUACAUGCAAUUUGUGUUUACCUUCAUGCUGUUCUGAUUUAACCUGGCCAAUCAAUGUUUUAAAUAAGAAAAAAAAAGUAAAAGUUAGUGAGGCUAAUGUUACUGAAAUGGAUGUUGUUAGUUUGUGCUGUGCUGCAGGCCCAGGCUUUCUGUUCUGUUAGUCUGUGCUGUGCUGCAGGCCCAGGCUUUCUGUUCUGUUAGUCUGUGCUGUGCUGCAGGCCCAGGCUUUCUGUUCUGUUAGUCUGUGCUGUGCUGCAGGCACGGGCUUUCUGUUCUGUUAGUCUGUGCUGUGCUGCAGGCCCAGGCUUUCUGUUCUGUUAGUCUGUGCUGUGCUGCAGGCACGGGCUUUCUGUUCUGUUAGUCUGUGCUGUGCUGCAGGCCCAGGCUUUCUGUUCUGUUAGUCUGUGCUGUGCUGCAGGCCCAGGCUUUCUGUUCUGUUAGUCUGUGCUGUGCUGCAGGCCCAGGCUUUCUGUUCUGUUAGUCUGUGCUGUGCUGCAAGCCCAGGCUUUCUGUUCUGUUAGUCUGUGCUGUGCCGCUGCAGGCACAGACUUUCUGUCCUUUCUGGCCACAUGCCAAUCGAGAAUCCCCUCCUUCCUCUUCCCUCCCCACUUCUCCCUCCUUCCUCCUUCUCUUUCUUCCUUUCUCCUUCCCUUCCUCUCUUCCUUAACUUUUUGAGAUAAGGUCUCACUCUAGCCCCUGUUGACCCCAGAUUUAUUCUUCCUCCUUUCUCUGACUUCCAAAUGCUGGGGUUGCAGGUGUGAGCCACCACACCCAGCUUAGGCAUUAAUAGUACUUGAAAUUAGAAAUCUUUUAAAUCAUUGAGUUUGGGUUCACUUUUAAGAAAGUCUUAAUUUUGAGCCAGGCUUGAUAGCACUUACCUCUAAUCCCAGCACUUGAGGCAGAGGCCAGUCGGGGCUCUGUAGUGAGACCUUGUCUGAAAGAGAGAGAGAGAGAGAGAAGAGAAGGUUGGUCUCAAUUCUUAACUUUUCCUCCCACCUGGCCUUGUUAGAGGUAAACUAGCUUUUUCUCGUUUUUCCCCAGCAGAUGAUAGUACACACACCCUUUCACUAACAGACGUCGCUGUACUGUACACAUUUCCCAGUGUUAAAUGUGGCAGGAGAUGAGAAAAAGAGGAGAUGACAUUUGAAAAGACGUAAGGGGGAACUAGACAUGAUUCUCUAUUACAGGAAAGAAGUUUCCUGUCUUUUUCGAGGACAGAUGUCUGCUUUCGUUUUCGUAUUUUUUUUUUAUUCACAAGUUAUAAUUAUACCAGAUUCCAUUUUUUAAAUUAUAAUUCUUGGUAGGCAGGCAGAUGUUUCCUUUUAGAGACAGCAUCAUGAAAGAUCUCCAGUGGUAAAGGUGUGUGCUUGACCACUUCAGACGUCUGUCUGUGUCCUGAGUGUGAACCAUGCUGCUCCUGCCACUCCGCUCACCGUGGUGCACACCUCCUGGGCAUUUCUCCACAGCCGGGAUGACCACACGAGGACUGGCUUGUGCCCUGCUGACGUGUGAGUGGUGCCUUCACACAGACCAUCAUGGCCUCCGAGCUCCAGUUCAGCCCCGCAUUGUCUGAUUCCUACAGCUAAGCAGAGCGGCCCAAGGUUUCUCUCCAGCAUUCUUUCCUAUGACUUCACGCUCAGAGAAUUGCCUUUCCUUCCUCCCGUGCCUUUAAAUACACAUUUCAGUUCUGCACAAGUGAGACAUUAAAAAUUGCCAACGCAGAUUUA